UCAAGCGGGGCGUUGCUUCGUGUUCACCUCCGUCAGACAUGGGGCUCAGCUACAUUUCCCCUCUAAAGGUCUUUCCUCGGUUAAUUUCGAAGCUGUGGCUAUGGCCAAGUCUGCUAGGCUGGUAGGAGCAGGCACGGGGCUGAAAUGGCUGCGGCUGUAUAUAAAUUAUAAUGGAAUCUACUUCAGGAAUAUCGACGUCGUCAGGAAUUGGGCAACUGCGGCGUCACGUCGCCGAAGCUCCCAAAAAAUGCAACAGAGACGGAAGUUCAGCGUUCUGUUCAGGUUUUCUGGUGUUGGGACAAUGGGAGGAGGGUAGGAAAUAAAUUAUUCCAUUUAAAUAUUAUCUGAUCUGCAAGUAUCUGUGGUAAGAGAAAUGCUCACGUUUAACAUCAGUUAAGAAGCCUCUAAGCCGUAACGCUGAUGCUACAAUCCUGUACGAUAGAGAUGGGAAGAAAGUAAAUACUUAGUGAUUGCCUGAAGCAGGUCACUGAAGAUGGCCAGUAAGCAAGGGUACAGUUGUCUCUCAGAUGGCUCUCUGGAUAUUCCAAUAUCUAGCCCCGAAGGCACCCCAAGUCUCAGUCCUCAUAGUCCAGGACUAUGUCUUAUUUCUCCUCCAAUUGCAGAAUCUCACUGGCUGAGUAAUGCUCAACCACAGCCUGAGACUCCAUCAGAAAUGAACAUCACUUUGGAAAAGUUACUUGCUCCGAUAACUGAAAAGCUCAAAUAUUUGCUGAAGAAAGCUGAGGACUUCCAGACUUACCUUCUGUACAGCAGAGACAGAAUGCAGAAGGAACAGUUUGCCAAAGCCAUGCCCACCUUUUUGCAGAUGUGCCAGCCUUAUUUCCACUAUUUGGAAUCUACAGCCCGCAGCUGCACACCUUAUUUAAGACCUCCACAGGAGCCAGUCCGGAAAAGGCUUUUGGAAAUUUCUCAGCAAUUGGCUUGCCAGCUUGAGCAACUGGUGCUGAUGUACGCUUCCUUCAGCUUUGUUUCUCUUGAAGACACAGACCCAUUCAGCGUAUCAUGUUUCUUCUGUGGGAAAUUUUGGAUGAAUGAGGCCCGACAAGUUUCCAUCUUUCGCUACUGUAUCUCAGCACCAUACACAGCUGCUCACAUUCCCCACAAUCUUUAUAAGAAGAUGCGCUGGAACCUUGACAUCUUGGAGGGGUCUGCUGGUCGGAAUCAGGCACUCCGGACAGAAUACUACUUCCUGUGCUUCCGUGAUACAGGAGAUGAAACUACUGUGAAAAUGCAGAAACUCUGGUCCAUCGGACGCUGGGUGCCUACAGAUCCUGACAGUGAGCACAGUUCUGAUGUGCUGUCCUGGGUGUUGUGUCACCAGCCGACAGGGGAUUACCAGCAGCUCUUGACAAUUGGAUUUGAGGAACCUUCCCACACUUUAGCUACAGACCUCUUGGUGCAGAUGCUAAAUGCUCAGAGUUCUGGUCUUCUUAAUCGAGAGUCAUCCUGUUGGGUGGGCCCAGGAGAACAGGUGCAAUAAAAUGUACGCCACC